CUGACUUCCGCGACUGCUAGAAGCAUGAUCUGCGUGUGGUCGCCCGGGCGACGAUGCCGGCUGUGAAGUUUGGAAGGGAGGCCUAGAAGGCAGGCCGAAGCCAUGGACGUAGACGCCGAACGAGAGAAAAUAACCCAGGAGAUCCAGGAGCUUGAAAGGAUUUUGUAUCCUGGAUCCUCCAGCGUCCACUUUGAAGUCUCUGAAUCCAGUCUCAGUUCAGACUCUGAAGCAGAUUCCCUGCCUGAUGAGGACUUGGAAACUGCUGGUGCCCCCAUCUUGGAAGAGGAAGGGUCGAGUGAGGGCAGCAAUGAUGAGGAGGACCCCAAGGACAAAGCUCUCCCUGAAGACCCCGAGACCUGUCUGCAGCUAAAUAUGGUCUACCAGGAGGUGAUCCGGGAAAAGCUAGCAGAGGUUAGCCAGUUGCUAGCCCAGAACCAGGAGCAGCAGGAGGAGAUCCUGUUUGAUCUGUCUGGGACCAAAUGCCCCAAGGUGAAGGAUGGCAGAAGUCUGCCCUCAUACAUGUACAUAGGCCACUUCCUGAAGCCAUACUUCAAGGACAAGGUUACUGGAGUGGGGCCUCCUGCCAACGAAGAAACACGGGAGAAGGCUACCCAGGGAAUCAAGGCCUUUGAACAGCUCUUGGUGACCAAGUGGAAGCACUGGGAGAAAGCCUUGCUCAGGAAGUCUGUAGUGAGUGACCGCCUACAACGUCUGCUUCAGCCCAAAUUGCUGAAGCUGGAGUACUUACACGGAAAACAGAGCCGAGUCUCCAGUGAGUUGGAAAGGCAGGCCCUGGAGAAGCAGAUUAAGGAAGCAGAGAAGGAGAUUCAGGACAUCAACCAGCUCCCAGAGGAAGCGUUGUUGGGGAACCGGCUAGACAGCCACGACUGGGAGAAGAUUUCCAAUAUUAACUUUGAAGGAGCCCGCAGUGCAGAGGAGAUCCGGAAGUUCUGGCAGAGUUCUGAGCAUCCAAGCAUCAGUAAGCAGGAAUGGAGCACGGAAGAAGUAGAGAGGCUGAAGGCCAUCGCUGCCACACAUGGCCACCUGGAGUGGCAUUUGGUUGCAGAGGAACUUGGGACAAGCCGCAGUGCCUUUCAGUGCCUGCAGAAAUUCCAGCAGUACAAUAAAACCCUGAAACGCAAGGAGUGGACAGAGGAGGAAGACCACAUGCUCACCCAGCUGGUCCAAGAGAUGCGAGUUGGGAACCAUAUCCCAUACCGCAAGAUCGUCUACUUCAUGGAAGGGAGAGACUCCAUGCAGCUGAUCUACCGUUGGACCAAGAGCUUAGAUCCCAGCCUGAAAAGGGGAUUCUGGGCCCCAGAGGAAGAUGCUAAAUUGCUUCAAGCUGUUGCCAAGUAUGGGGCGCAGGACUGGUUUAAAAUCCGGGAAGAGGUGCCAGGUAGGAGCGAUGCCCAAUGCAGAGACCGCUACAUCAGAAGAUUACAUUUCAGCUUGAAAAAGGGACGGUGGAACGCAAAAGAAGAGCAACAGCUGAUCCAGCUAAUAGAGAAAUAUGGCGUUGGUCACUGGGCAAGAAUAGCUUCUGAAUUGCCCCAUCGGUCAGGCUCCCAGUGUCUGAGCAAGUGGAAGAUCUUGGCCAGGAAGAAACAGCAUCUGCAGAGGAAGAGAGGGCAGAGGCCCCGUCACAGUAGCCAGUGGAGCUCUAGCGACAGCAGCAGCGCCAGUGAAGACUAUGGCAGUGGCAGCGGCAGUGGUAGCAGCAGCAGCAGCGACAGUGAAGACUCAGAUGUGGAGCUGGAGGAGUCUCUGGAGAGCAGUAGAGCACUGACUUCUCAACAGUACAGAGUGCCAGACAUUGACCUGUGGGUUCCUACCAGGCUGAUCACCAGCCAGUCACAGAGAGAAGGGACAGGGUGCUACCCACAACACCCUGCUGUCUCCUGCUGCACUCAGGAUGCCUCUCAAAAUCACCACAAGGAAGGUUCUACCACCGUCUCUGCUGCUGAGAAAAACCAGCUGCAUGUGCCCUCUGAGACCCACAGCACUGUUCCAAGAGGAGACCGGUUCCUACACUUCUCAGACACUCACUCAGCAAGUUUGAAGGAUCCAGCCUGCAAGAGCCACACACUGAUGAAGGGAAGACCGAGGCAGCCACUCCUCCCUAAUUCACGCUCAGGGGCUGACCCUGGCAACAAUACGGCUGGACCCCAUCUGCGGCAGCUAUGGCAUGGAACUUACCAGAAUAAGCAGAGACGCAAGAGACAGGCUCUACAUCGCAGGCUCCUUAGGCACAGGCUUUUGCUGGCUGUGAUACCCUGGGUGGGUGACAUCAACCUGGCCUGCACACAAGCUCCCCGGAGACCUGCAACCGAACAGACUAAAGCUGACAGCAUCCGGAUGCAGUUAGAGUGUGCCCGCCUGGCCAGCACUCCGGUAUUCACACUGCUCAUUCAGCUAUUGCAGAUUGAUACUGCGGGCUGCAUGGAGGUGGUUCGAGAGAGGAAAAGCCAGCCACCUGCACUGCUCCAGUCUGGCACCCAGAACACCCAGCCGCAUCUCCCGCAGGCAUCCUCUAAUGCCAAGAACAGCACAGGCUGCCUUCUUCCAAGCAUGCCGGGUGAGCAAACUGCAAAGAGAGCCAGCCACAAAGGGCGCCCACGACUGGGGUCAUGCAGGACUGAGGCUACCCCCUUCCAAGUCCCUGUAGCAGCCCCACGUGGCCUCCGGCCAAAGCCUAAGACUGUAUCUGAGCUGCUUCGGGAGAAGCGGCUCCGUGAGUCCCAUGCCAAGAAGGCCACUCAGGCUCUUGGUCUCAACAGCCAGCUGCUGGUCUCCUCACCUGUGAUCCUCCAGCCCCCUCUGCUGCCAGUCCCCCAUGGUUCCCCAGUAGUAGGCCCUGCAACGUCCAGUGUAGAACUCUCUGUACCUGUGGCGCCGGUGAUGGUCAGUUCAAGUCCUUCUGGCUCCUGGCAGGUGGGUGGGAUCUCAGCCACAGACAAGCAGCCCCCCAACCUACAAACCAUUUCCCUAAAUCCUUCUCACAAAGGGACCCAGGUUGCAGCCCCUGCUGCUUUUAGGAGCCUAGCCUUAGCCCCCGGGCAAGUCCCCACAGGCGGCCAUCUGAGUACACUAGGACAGACCUCUACCACAUCCCAGAAGCAGAGCCUGCCUAAGGUCCUGCCCAUUCUUCGAGCCGCUCCCAGCCUCACUCAGCUGUCUGUGCAGCCACCAGCAAGUGGACAGCCCCUGGCAACCAAGUCCAGCCUGCCUAUUAGCUGGGUUCUCACAACUCAGAAGUUGCUCUCUGUCCAAGUGCCAGCUGUGGUGGGCCUCCCCCAGUCAGUGACGACCCCUGAGACCAUAGGACUACAAGCAAAACAGCUACCUUCCCCUGCCAAGACUCCUGCUUUUCUGGAACAGCCUCCAGCCAGUCUAGACACAGAACCCAAGGGACCUCAGGGCCAGGAAGUACCACCCACACCUGGGCCUGAAAAGGCAGCUUUGGACCUAAGUCUCCUUUCCCAGGAAAGUGAGGCAGCCAUCGCCACAUGGCUGAAGGGGUGCCAAGGUGCUUUUGUACCCCCGCUGGGGAGCAGGAUGCCCUAUCAUCCCCCUUCCCUGUGCAGCUUGCGGGCAUUGUCCAGCCUCCUCCUCCAUAAACAGGACUUAGAGCAGAAGGCUUCCUCUCUGGUGGCCAGCCAGGCAGCUGGGGCCCAACCUGAUCCCAAGGCUGGAGCCCUACAAGCUUCCCUGGAGCUGGUACAGAGGCGAUUCCGGGACAAUCCAGCCUACCUCCUGCUAAAGACGCGUUUCCUGGCUAUCUUCUCCCUUCCUGCAUUCCUGGCCACACUGCCCCCCAACAGCGUCCCCACCACCUUGUCACCAGACGUGGCUGUGGUUUCUGAGAGUGACAGUGAAGACCUUGGUGACCUGGAGCUCAAGGAUAGGGCUAGACAGCUGGACUGCAUGGCCUGCAGAGUGCAAGCAAGCCCAGCAGCGCCAGACCCUGUACAGAGCCACCUUUUCUCCCCUGGUCAGAGAGCUCCAAGUCCUGGUGAGGUUUCUGCUCUGUCCCCCCUGAAUGCUUCUGAUGGCCUUGAUGACCUUGACGUGCUCAGGACUCGACGUGCUCGGCAUUCCCGGAGAUAGAGGUUGCUUUGAGCAGCAAGGACAAGGUGUCAGGGGGUCCAGAGUCCCGCUCUCACCAGGCAAGAGGCAGGGCCCAAGCCUGCCCAGAAGCAGCCACGACCCUCAGCAAGAAGAUGGGAGGCCAGAAAGCUACAGGCUGAGGACCGAGCUGUCUGUAGCAACCUACAGGCUGUGGUGAUAGCAGUGGCCACGUGAUCACAGGCUAACUGUUAACAGACUUGGGGCCGUGUGAAGGAAUAAAGGAAAUGCCUCAUUUUCACUUAAAAAGCAA